AUGGCGACAUCCCUCUGGGCCCGGCUUCUGCACCUUGCCGUCCUUUUCCGUUAUUCCACCGGGGCCAAGCUGAACGUCCCCAAGGUCCUGCUGCCUUACUCCGCAGCCGUGAAGGUGAAUUUUACCCUGGAGGCCGACGAAGGGUGUUACGGAUGGUUUUCAACACGACCAGAUGUAGCAACUAUUGGACCUAUAUAUCAGAAUGAUACUGAAUGUUCCAAUACAGCAUUGAUAUCUGUUCGCUCAACUCAGCCUACUCGCCUCACCAGCAUAAUCAUUGCUGAGGAAACAGUCACAGGGCAAGUGUUACGCUGUGAUGUCAUGGUUGAUAUUAUAAAUCAAAUUGAAAUUGUAUCAACAACACGAGAGCUGUAUGUGGAUGAUUCUCUUUUAAAAUUAACAGUCAGAGCCUUGGAUGAGGAAGGCAAUACUUUUAGCAGUUUGGAAGGAUUUAUUUUUGAAUGGAGCAUUAUGAAGAAUGAAGACAUGGAUAAUAUUGCAGAAUCACCAAGUAAAAUUAGAAUAAUGAAGUUUUCAGAGUCCACCUAUUUACCACCUGCAUAUAUAGCAAGAAUGGAAAAAGAAGGAAAGCAGGGAGAUAUCAUUCUUGUAUCUGGAUUAAUGACUGGUACUGCUAACCUGAAAACACGACUGCAGGAUCCUAUAUAUAAGAAUGUUCCUGCUGCAGUAAUACGUGUCAUUAUUCUGGAAAACAUUAUUUUGAGUCCAGCCAAUGAUAUUUACCUGUUGAUUGGAGCUAUUAUUCGCUACAGAGUUGCCAAAGUUGUAAAUGGAAAAAUGACAGAGAUUGAGAUGCCAUCAGAACAGUACAGAUUGGAAUUACAAGAUGAUCAAGUGAACUCCAAUAACGAGAACACAAGAGUUGCAGAACUGGAUUCAGACUCCUGCGUUGUUACAGCACUUCAGAUGGGGCAGACUAGCUUAGUUCUUAUGUAUAAGAACAUUCAUAUGCAAGCACUUGCUCAUCUGCCUAACUGUACAAUAUAUGUUGUGGAGGCUGGUUUUCUAGGUUUUUCUGUCUUUCCCGGAGAUAGAUGGGUUUUGGAAUUAGGAAGAAAGUAUGAAUUUACAGUGGAAGUAUACGACAGAAGCAGUAAUAAAGUUUAUUUAUCUGAUAAUUUAAACAUUGCCACUAUCCUUCCAGAAUUAUACUUCACAACCCUGAAUAGAUCCAUCAACGGAUCGUAUCUUUAUGUUGACGUUAUGAUGAAUGGGAAAGAAGUAAUUAAAGCUACACUAUUUGGAACAGUAGGAGAAAACCUGGUUGUCCCCAUUACCAACCACCAAGAAGUAAUCAUUUAUGAACCAAUAAUCUUGAAGCCUAGGAUCCUUGUGUUCCCAUGGCAUCCCAAACCCCGAAGUUAUCGGCACCUAAUUCAGGUUAAAGGUGGAAGUGGGAAUUUUACAUGGUCAUCAGGUAAUGAAAGUGUUGCCCUGGUGACAGUAAAAGGUGUGAUAGCAACUGGUGAUAACCGAGGCUUCAGCAUUAUACAAGCUAGGGAUGUGGAAAAUCCAAUUCACUUUGGCAAAAUGCAAGUCAACGUUCUGAGGCCAGUCAGUAUAGAGUUUGUCCAAUCCCGCGUAGAAAUAGAGGUUGGUCAGACCCUUGACCUACCUAUCAUGGUUUAUGGACUCUUGGAUACAGAUGCCAUGGAAACAGUUCCAGUGAAUGACUGCACAUUAAUGAACUUGGCAGUGCAGAUGGACAAGCAAGGGGUAUUCAAAGUCAUUCAAGGGUCUGUGUUUGACUUCAUGUCCCCAGCAACCACCCUCACCGUCCCUUCUACUGGUACCAACGCUAUUGAUCCAGUUGCCGUUGCUAUAGUGACACUGACUUCUUCAAAAGAAAUGCUGUUCGAAGGGGGUCCUAGACCUUGGGUAUUGGAGCCAUCAGGAUUCUUUGCCGAUUUGAAUGGUGAAAAGGGGGAAACAAUAAUCAUCAAACAGCAGCGAGCUCCAUUGGUGAAAAAGAAAAAUCACCAUGGGUUUAGAGUAAUUUGUAUAACCAUGGGAGAACAGUUUUUGACAUUUAAAGUUGGUAAUCAUCCAAGUUUAAUGAACCCUUACCCAGCCGUUGAGCCUGUUAAAGUGAAGUUUGUUUGCGCUGUGCCUACCAGUGUCACUUUGGCUCCUGUUUACAAGUCACGUGAACUCGGUCUUCCAUGCCCUCUGUUGCAGCACAACAAACAGUUGGUACCAGUUUCUUUCUGCAGGAACACCAUUUUGGAGCUGACAGCAUUUGAUCUAUAUGGUCGGAAAUUUGAUAACUUUACCUCACUGCAAAUUAACUGGAAAUCAUCCAACUUUUCUCUGGGCAGUUUUCAUCCAGCGAUACAAAUGGAAAUGUUCUUAAGAGAUGACGGGAGUGGACAGAAGAGGCUACAUGGUCAUCGCAUGGUUAUGGUUUACAAGAGGAAAGGAACAGUGUCCAUUUCAGUAUAUUUGGUCGGCUAUCGAAAGACUGAUAUUGACAUGGCCCAAAGACCUGUUGAUGUUUUGUUUUUGCCAAUAACAGCUACUAUUGAUUUGUUGCUGGUGGAUGAUGUGUCUUUAGUACCCAAAAAUCUCACUGUGUACAAUCAUCCUAAUAUUUUGGAAAUAAUUUAUUUAACUGAAGGCUCUGGAUAUUUUUUCGUUAACACUACUGACACUGAGAUUUUGACUAGCACAUAUCUGGAGGCCAAAAACUAUGUACAAAUAAGGCCACUACAAACUGGAAUUGUGACAAUGAAAGCAUAUGACCUAUGCCUGACAUGCAAAGGUCCAGCCAGAGCAGAGAUCUAUGUUUCAGAUAUAUCAGAUUUUGAGCUAGACUUCAUUCACAAGGUUGAAAUUGGAAAGUCUGUUCCAGUUAAUGUCAGAGUCCUGGAUUUCUUCAAGAAACCCUUGUUGAACAGAUAUUUUCGUUACAUGAACAUGAGCUUACAGGCAGCUUCCCCAAUUGUCACCUUAGAAGCAAUUACUGACUUAGAUAAACAUGCUGCAAGUUACUUAGUAAGAGCCGUGGCUUUGGGUCAAACUACCCUUGUGGCAACUGUCAGAGACAAAAAUGGUCGAAAGUUGAGCUCUGCCCCACGUCAGAUUGAAGUAUUCCCACCUUUUAGACUAAUCCCACAGAAAGUGACUUUGAUCAUUGGCGGUAUGAUGCAGGUGAUGUCUGAAGGUGGUCCACAACCACAAUCAAAUAUUUAUUUCUCUAUUAAUAAUCGCACCAUAGCCAAGGUAAAUGAAUUAGGGCAGCUGACUGCCCUGGUGGUGGGAACGGCAAAAGUGACUGGUAUUGUCCAAGCUGUCGACGAUGACACAGGAAGAGUGGUUGUUUUCUCUCAGGAUGAAGUGACUGUAAACGUGAUUCAGCUAAAAGGGAUAAAAAUCCAUGCUCCAGUAACUAGAUUGAGGACUGGAACUCAGUUGCCAGUGUAUGCAGUAGGGGUCACCGGUUGCCAGACUCCAUUUUCCUUCGGUAAUGCAGUACCGGGUCUAACAUUUCACUGGACAACAACAAAGCGGGAGGUGAUUGAGCUUGUCAGCAGACACUCAGAGAUUUCCUUACAGCUUUCUGCAGAACAUAACUUUGCCAUGCUACUGUACAGCAAAGCAGAAGGGAAAACAGGUUUGAAAGUCACUAUAAAGGCACAGAAUCCAUCUUCUGGACAGUUUGCAGGAUAUGCUGACAGAUUUUCUGAUGAGAUUCAGAUUAUGGUUUUUGGAAUAUUGCAACUUUUGCCCCUCUCUCUACCAGCAAAGGAAGUGCUGAUGUCACCAAACUCCUACCUAAAGUUAGAGACCUCUAGGGAUGGCAAAGCCUAUGUCAACUAUGAAGUGCGCAAAUGUCCUCAUAAUAAGUCUGUCAUAAUGGAGGAUGGCCAUGGUGUCUUGACAUCUGGACCCAGAACUGGCUCUUCUGCACUCACAGUAACAUCACUCGAAUACUUUGGACUGAACCAAACUAUUGUAAUAGGAGUGAGGGUGGCUCCAGUGGCAUAUCUCAGUAUUAACACCAGUCCAAAGUUGUAUAUAGCCAAAAAUGAAGAGCUCGCUGCCCUUCCUCUUGGAAUGACAUUGAUUUUUACAGUUAGCUUUUAUGACCUCAGUGGAGACCAGUUCCAUGCACACAACACAGAACUAUAUUUAGCCCUUAACAGGGACGAUCUGCUGCUGAUUGGACCCGGUACCAGGAAUAACACUUAUGUGGCACAGGCUGCCAAUGUAGGAUUGACCCUAUUAGCAGUUUGGGAUAGCAAGCAUCCUGGCAUUGCAGACUAUAUCCCAAUACCUACCCAAUAUGCAAUAUGGCCUAACAUAUCAGAGCACGUGAUACUGAGUGAUGUAAUAUGUUUCAGCAGCGUGCUGGUGAACCAGGAAGGUGAACCUGGGAACUGGUAUUUGUUAUCAAGUGAAAUUCUCCAGAUUGAUCCUACCACAGGAUUGGGAGUUACAAGAAGCACAGGAUCAACCAUGGUCUAUUACGAAGUUCCUGGAAUUGUGAGAACCUACAGAGAUAUCACAGUUACAGGCGUAGGAAAAGCCACUGUUUCCUUUCAUGGUUUCACAUGCAUAAUUGGUCUUCCUAAUUUUCAUGUGUACAGAUUUCUUGUGACUACCAUGAACAAAGAUAGCAGUCUGAGGGGAGACUGCAGUUUUGCUCAAAUGAAAGCUAUGUCAAGGCUAAAACCUGAAUCAAACCUUGCCUGUUCUGUACGAUUUAGUAAUAUUGUAUUACAGUUCCUAGCUGUCUCCGUUUUCUCUGUGGAACCUGAAUUCUUAGCUGAUAGAGGCCAAUACAGCUGCACCGUCACUGUUAAAGAACUACCAGAUUCUGUGCGGAGGGAGUUAAGUAUAGGCGGAGACACCUAUGUAUCUGUAAAGGCUUCUGUUCUGGGAGGCCAUUAUGCAGGACAGGUUGGAAGAACAGAGAUUCCUUUCAUUCCUGGAUUUUAUAUGAACCAAUCAGCUGUGACUCUUAGUUGUAAAGAGCCAACAGUUAACAUCACUGUUUUUGGUACAAUUAAAGUAUUGAAUGAACUGGAGGCACCAGCAGAUCAAGGCUCCCAAGCCAGUCAAGCACCAGUCCGAGCCCCCAGACCACGUCCGAAGAGGAAGCUCUAG